CAUGAGUAAAUUGCAACGCAACCGAUAUUUAUCUCAAUACCAAUACAACCUUCGCAACCAGCAAGAAGAAGCUCGUCAACAACGUCUUGAUAGCUUAGAAACAAAAACCACCGUCAACGACAACUUCUUUCAGCAGCUUUGGAUCAA